UAUUUUUAAUUUGAUAAAAUUUGAAAAUACACUCUCCUUCGUCUUUUCCCUCUUCUACCCUCUUUCUUUCCUUUGUGUAGUUUCUUUCUUACUUCUCUUAUGUUCAACGCAACGUAACGGCUCUCACAUUCAUCACCACUCUUCACAAAUGCAAGACAUUUUCGGAUCAGUUCGCCGGUCACUGGUAUUCCGUGCUUCACCGGAGAACAACGAAGAUCAUCAUCAUUCAAUCGGAGUAGGAGGAACAACAACCCUAGUUGAUAAGAUCGGUUAUUGCAUCCGUAAUUCUAGAGUUUUCUCUAAACCUUCUCCUCCUUCUCCUUCUCCGCCUAUUCCUCCUCCAAUUCGAUGGCGCAAAGGCGAGUUGAUCGGUUGUGGUGCCUUUGGUCAUGUUUACGUUGGUAUGAAUCUCGAUUCUGGAGAGCUUCUUGCUGUCAAACAGGUUUUGAUUGCAGCAAGUAGUGCUUCAAAAGAGAAGGCACAGGCUCACGUAAAAGAGCUUGAGGAAGAAGUCAAACUGCUUAAAGAUCUUUCACAUCCCAACAUUGUUAGAUAUUUGGGUACUGUUAGAGAAGAAGAUACCUUAAAUAUUCUCCUAGAGUUUGUCCCUGGUGGAUCCAUAUCUUCACUCUUGGGGAAGUUUGGAGCUUUUCCUGAGGCGGUCAUAAGAACUUACACUGAGCAGAUAUUGCUUGGACUUGAGUACUUGCACAAAAAUGGAAUCAUGCACAGGGACAUUAAGGGGGCCAACAUUCUUGUAGAUAAUAAAGGAUGCAUAAAACUUGCGGAUUUUGGAGCAUCCAAACAAGUCGUUGAGCUGGCUACCAUGUCUGGUGCCAAGUCUAUGAAGGGUACUCCAUAUUGGAUGGCUCCUGAAGUUAUUCUCCAGACUGGUCAUAGCUUCUCUGCUGACAUAUGGAGCGUGGGCUGUACAGUGAUUGAGAUGGCCACUGGAAAGCCUCCUUGGAGCCAGCAAUACCAACAAGAGGUUGCUGCUCUCUUCCAUAUAGGGACAACUAAGUCUCAUCCACCAAUCCCUGAUCAUCUCUCUUCUGGAGCAAAAGAUUUUCUGCUAAAGUGCUUGCAGAAGGAACCAAUUUUGAGGCUAUCAGCAUCAGAACUUCUUCAGCAUCCCUUUGUAACCGGUGAAACUGUGGAUUUGGCCCCUCAGUCAUAUACUGCCAUGGGAAGUUUUGGAGCUUCUUCGCCGUCAUCAUGUGCUCCAAACGUUGAAUCCUUACUUUGCUCAACAGUAAAUCCUCAGAAUUCGGGAAACAAUCAUUUAUGGGGAAUGAACAAUGAUGAUGACAUGUGUGUGAUUGAUGACAACGAAGAGUUCUCAGAGUGUGAUAUCAAAUACAAGUCAUUGAUGCCAGAUAAUAUUGAGAGUUUCAACCCGAUGUCUGAUCCCUCCGAUGAUUGGGGGUGUAAAUUUGAUGCAAGUCCAGAGCUGGAAAAUAGAGAAGUUAGUCUGGACACUGAUGAAGGUUACAUGUCACGUGUUCAACUGGAGUCCAAUAAGGAACAGAAAGAUCUACCCAUUCCAUGUGUGCCAUCUCUGUCAGAAGAAGAUGAGGAGCUCACAGAGGUCAAAAUUAGAGCUUUUUUGGAUGAGAAGGCUCUUGAACUGAAAAAACUGCAGACACCUUUAUAUGAAGAGUUUUUCAACAGUUUAAACGCAUCUUGUUCUCCCACUGUGAUUGACAGCCCAAGUGAUGAUAUCUCCGGUCGAAAAUACUUGAAAUUACCUCCUAAAAGCAAGUCGCCAAGUCGGGUACCAAAUAGUUCUCCAUCUAAAGCAGUUGACAAUGCUGGAAGUCCUGGAAGUAAUGGCAGGUCAACCGUUGGCAAUGUAGAUAGUCAUGGUUCACAGGAUGUUCCAGCAUCUCCCAUUAAUGAACGAAAAGGAAUGACAGUUGACUCUCAACAGGAGCCCUUUAGCCCAAGUUUAAGCUUUUCCGAGAGACAGAGGAAGUGGAAAGAAGAGCUUGACCAGGAGCUUGAGAGAAAACGAGAAAUGAUGCGCCAAGCUAAUAUGGCAGGAAAGACAUCCUCACCAAAGGAUCGAGCUUUACAUCGACAGAGAGAGCGGACAAGAUUUGCUUCUCCCAGCUAAUACCUGUCUUGUAAGGGCGUUCAUCCGGUCUUCGUGAACGUCAAUUGAAAACACGAGUUGCUGCAGUUUUGCUGGGGUUGUCAAUAUUAUAUAUAUCCGAUCUGAUCUCCGAUUUAAUCGUUGUGUCAUUUUGACAUAUCUCACAUGCUUAGCCCGUCCGUGCUGUUGUGUUAUGUAAAGCUCUAUACACAGGUGUUGCUUGAAAUUUUUGGCUUUCCUUUGGGCUUGAGAUGGAUGCUCGUCUCAAGUAUUCCCAUUAUAUUAUGAUGAUGAUGAUUCCCAUUAUAUAAUGAAAAUAUAAAUAAUCCGAAAUGUGUGGCGCAAGAUUGCCUAUGGAACUGGUGCCACUUGCCUCUGUUUUUUUUCCAAUGGUAAUUGCAGUUUGAUUUAUCAGUGUGAUACUAGUGUGAUUAGAUUAGAUGGACAUAUAUCAAGAUGGAUUUUUGACUAUUCUAUGGUGUGAACUAUUCUUUUCUUUGUUUCUGA